AUAAUAGGUGCCAGCUACUCGCGAAGUGCUUGCGUCGCUCCCGAAUGUGUUUACAGCGUUGUGUCUUAAUACUCGGGGCCUUGAAGCAUUCGUGCAAUGCCAGCCUUUCGAGCGAAUUCUCAAGGUGCUAAUAUCGCCGGACUACUUAUCGGCUAUGCGUAGGAGGCGUAGUUCAGAGCCUCUUGGUGACACCGCUGCAAAUUUAGGUAACUCAAUGGACGAAUUAAUGCGACAUCAGCCAUCCCUUCGCGCCCCUGCUAUGUCUGCUAUCGUGGGUCUCCUACGUGAACUUUGUGAGAUGGGUUCCAAUCCCGCUUUGGUCUGCCUGCGAACGCACGGCAAGCCGACAGGUAGUGGUGGAAGUUCAUCUGCCGGCGAAGGCGUCGAUCAGGGAGCAGGAGGCAGAUCCGGAACCGAUGAAGAGGGGAGUGGAGCCCCUGAGACAAUUGAGAAUGAAGGCGAGGGCCAAGUUAUCGAGGUGUCGUCCGAAAGUGACAAUGAUGACGAUGAUGGGGAGGAGGAGCGUGAAAGUCCUGAAUCGCGUGGAACGAGCGUCGGACAGCCGGGCGGAGCGAAUGCAUCCUCUGUGACAGCAGGGGAAUCGGCUGUUGGGUCUUCCAGUGGACGGGCUUCAGGUACACCGGCUAGCGGCUGCUCGGGCCGUGCUGGCUCUGGGAUCGUCGGCGGUUCAGAUACAACUGCGGCUGCAAGAACAACUGUACCGCUCGUCGACUAUAUUUUAAAUGUGACCAAAUUUGUCGAUGCAAUUUUAUCCAAUAAUUCCACCGACGAUCACUGUAAAGAAUUUAUACGUCAACGAGCCCAUGUUCCGCUAUUGCGCAUCUUAGCGUUGCCUAAUUUGCCUUUAGAUUUUCCUAUAUCGCCUGCCUGUGUUGGUGUUGCAUCAGUCUGCAAGUCUAUCCUGAAUUUGGCUCACGAGCCCGUCCUUCUCUGGGAAGGACUUGAUCAGCUUAAUGAAGUCGUACAACGUUUAGAACCAUUGUACAAUCCAGUUCCCUCGGAGGCCCGAGGUUUGACAUUGGCAGGUACGAGCAGUAGGCCUGCUGGGUCAAUCCUACUGCAGGAGCUUGUGGAUGCACGUGGCGCAGAGCCCGGACCACAAACGGCACCGCUAUUUCAUGCAAUGGCGGCAACUCAUGCUUAUGUCGUUAUGUUUGUACACGUGUGCCGUACCGGGCAAAGUGACAUACGUCGGUUAUCAGUUAAUCAUUGGGGAUCUGAACUGGGUCUGCGAGUGUUAAGUACGUUAGCGCAACUGUACCUUGCACUUGUCUGGGAGAGCACGUUGCUUUUGUCCCUUCGGUCGGAUACAGUUUCGUCGAAUGCAGCGUUGAGCAGCAGUACCUGCUCAGGUAGCGCUAAUAUAGCGCGCCAACAAUUGGCUCGCCUCGCUGGUAUUAUAUCAGCUUCGUCAAGUAACGGUUCAGGUGGCCUUUCUAACAAUACUGAUGAAGCGUCUUCGCCUAUGGAUGUUGACCAGACUGAUUCUAAACCCGCAUCUCUAGCAUCAUCUCAGGUCGGCGGUUCGGGCGGUGGUAAUUCCAAUGCAAAGAUUGCUGCGGCAGUAAAACAAAUACAACCUUUAUUGACAGGCGCCUCUCGAUUGGGUAGAGCACUAGCUGAACUAUUCGGAUUGCUCGUGAAGUUAUGUGUAGGCAGUCCAGUUCGGCAACGACGUAACCAGCAACUGACAACACAACCUGCGCCUCCGAGUCCAGCUGCAAAAGCAAUCGCCAUGGCACUGACGCGACUGCUCGCACAAGGCUUGUCAUGGACGCCUCCCAAAGAUAGCGAGACUUUGUUUGAUCCUAGCUCCACGAAGAGCUGUUUUACUCUCUACAUAUGCUCAGCGGGAUUUACCUCUCCAAUGCUCUUCGAUGAACGAAAAAUGCCGUACCACCUUAUGCUACACAAAUUUGUUGCUUCAGGAGGUCUCGAAGCCUUUUUUCAGGCAUUUGAAUGGGCUAUGAAGUACUGGCCUGGCGGAGACGGUAAUCAAGAAAACGACGCAGGUACAUCAAAUGAAGACGCAUCAACGAAAGGUGGACCCUCUGAGUUUACUGACGUAGCUGGUGAAUUUUUAGACGCCUGGUUGCUCCUGCUCGAAAAACUGACCAACCCACGAGCCGUUAUUGACACGCCCCACGUACUUCCUAGCGUGACUCCAAUGGCUGGAGGUCAACAACAAGACACAGCUUCGGAGCCUCAUUUCAACGCGCUGCAGUACCUGAUGCAUGUGCAUCGUCGCACAUUUGCAGCGUGCACCCGUUUGUGGGGCCGCCGGCCUCCGCGCGCCUACGGUGACCGUAUGACUGAGUCUUUACUUGCUAUUCUCUGUCACUUACUCAAAGGAGAAGCAAUCAUCAACGAGCGUCUUGAACAGCAGCAGCAAUCGGGAACUAGGGGCACUAGUCUUUUGGGAGGAUCCCAAGGACAUCAUUCAGGAGCUUUAGCACAAGUGAACAAUGCCCAGACAACAAUGGCAGCGGACAUGAUCCCAUUAGCUGGAGCAGAAGCCGAGACAUCAGAGGUUACCUCCGAUGGCCUUCCUGGGGUCCUUUUUGGUUCUGCAGGAUCAUCUUCAUCUGGAGGAGCUGCAGGUGUUGCGAGUGGGUCGUUUGCUCCGUUUGGCAUGCGGCCACUGGAAAUCGUGAAUAAUAGCACUAGUGGCGGUAGUAGUGGCACAAGUGGGCUCGGGGCGACAGCAUCAGCCAUGGAAGUUCAGCAGCUGGUUGACAUGGGUUUCGAUCGAGCGCGCGCCACAGCCGCACUUGCUCAAGCCCGCAGUCUCGAGCAAGCUGCGGAGCUUCUACUUAGUGACCCUGAUGCGCACCAACCUCCGCCAACGGGUCAUUUCCACAUAGUCCAUCCUGGCGUACAACAACCCUCCUCAACUCCGGAACAGAUGCAUGCUAUAAGCGACGAGUCGAACAAUGAACAGCAAGGCAGUGAUGCUGCCAGAAGUAACAGAAAUAGCGAAGGAGAUAGCGUUGGUGGCUUAACUGUGGAUUGUGGGCAAGGAGGCUCAACUAGUAUGUUUUCUGAACGCGGCACCGUAAAACAUAAAGAGGAAAGGCUUACGAAUUUAGCUCCUAUCGUGCAUCUGGAGGAUGAGAAGCCGAUUGAUAAAGCAGCGAUGGAUUCGUUCACACAGGAACGUCUGUUACCGGGUGUACUCUCCCUUCUUGGAGUCCUGCCGGAUUCAGUAUACCGUGUUUGCGAUCUACUUGCGGUCGUAGUGGCCCGCAACGGGCCCGAAUGGCGCGACUUUGCUUUACAGCGGCUUUUGGGUGAAGUUAAGGCCCGUGCCACGCAUCUUCUAACUUCAUCGACCACCGAAAACGACAACGCCACACCUGGCAAUGCAGAUACAAUGGAUAGUAUCAACGAUGCAUCGCAGCAUCUGGCUGUUAUUGUUCAUCUAGUUACCUUACUAUUUGACGAAAUGCGGCCCGCAUGCGCUCAGUUAUUGGAACAAAGCGAAAUGGUACCUCUAUUGUGUUUGCUUGUCGAAAAAUAUGCAUCUAACGCACCACCACGAACGCAGCCUCAGCAUCAUUAUCAGUCCUCGGAUCCAGGCACAGCCAGUUCUCAUGUUGUUAAUACUGGAGGUCAGUCGUCUACGAUAUCAGCAAGGUCGGCUCCGCCUAGUUGCAGUGCUGGUAGCGUGGUGGGUCCACCUCGGUGGCUUGUUAGCGUUAUUCUACUGUUAGACCUUUAUGAGAAAGCGGUUUUAGCACUUAACCGACGCCUCCCUUUGGUGAGGGGACUGGGUGCGAACCGACGCAAAUGGAAGUGGUUUGAUGAACGCUCAGGACGUUGGACGGCUUAUACGCCUGCUAAUAAUCAGACUAUCGACGAAGCUUACGUUAGCGGAUUACCGACGGUGCGAUUUUCUGCUAGCAGACGGAAGUACUCGGCGGACUUUACAUCAAUGAUCCAGGUAAACGAGGAUUCAACACAUUGUCGACCGAUGAUGUUAACGUGGGAUAAGUGGGAACAGCCAUACGUUCAGGUGAGCUCCAGUGAGACUACCUCUGCAUCCGAAGCUUCUAAUGAAUCAAACGCGCCACAACAGCAAAAUACCACAGAGCGAACUGCAGUGUCAAUUACCAAUCAAGGUCGAGGUGGGCUUUCGGAGUUCAAUUUGGACCUUCCGAAUGAGCCUUUGGAGGGGUUACGGUCCGGCCACAAGGAGGUGCUUAUCCGGUCCUGUGUGCAACUGUUAGCCAGUCCUGUCGAUGCAGAUACUCUUCACGCAUUACUGCGUCUUACCCUUCGUCUAACACGUAGUUACACAGAGGCAACGCUAUUUGCCGAAGCUGGGGGUAUUCGAGCGUUACUCGCUCUUGAUGUAACAGCAUGUCAACCUUUUUCGGGUUUUACAUCUCUCGUUACUCUCAUUGUUCGCCACGUAAUGGAGGACCCUAGAACCUUGCAAGCAGAAAUGGAACGUGUUGUACAAGGUUCGGUAUCACAGCAUGUUCCACCACUCGCACUGUCAGGUCAUCCGGGUGUGGGGAACCAUGGAGCCUUGUCAGAAAUGCAUUACACGCUCCGAGUUUUGGGACCAGCUACAUGCCGAGACCCAGUAUUGUUUACGGAGGUAGCUAAGAAUCAGCUUCGAAUCUCAUUAAUUCCAUCGGGGGCAUCCGCGACCAGCGGCCAAAACAGUGGUACCAGUAAGAGAGCAGGUAGUGGAGGCAGUAGCGGAGUUGGGGGAAGUACCAAUAGUGGUGGCGGUAUUAAUCAGCAAGAGUCACUGGCAGAUGAUGACGCGGACGCCCGACUUGCAUCCCCCUCUGCUGUACAACGACUUCGAGUUGCAACGUCAUCGUCAUUAGCACAAUCAUCGGGAAUGAAUAGCUCCAAUUACAGCACGAAGUCAACGCCACAGUCAAACGGGAGUUUCACGUCCGUGCCUCCCUUGUCGCCAGUAGCCAGCCAGGUGGUGGCAGAAUUAUUGGAAACUCUGGUUAUUGGUCAGGAGACCAACAACAUCGAUAGCGCGCAUGAUGGAGUUGCAGGAGGCGCCGUACCGUUGUUGCCUCGAUCAGCCAUUUGCCGCUUGCUAGCUGAAUUAGUAGCAAGCUAUCCUGCUGUGGCACGCCUUUUGGUCGAGCAUCGCUAUGUAGGUCCUCCAGAACCGUGCUCGGCCUUGUCAUUCAUUAUAGAUCACCUAUUGCCCGCGCAGCAGCUUCCAUCGACAACAGUAUCAAGCCAACAGGGAGCGCAACAAAGCGGAGAAAAUGGACCAUCGAGUGGGACGCCUGGUGGUUCGUCAUCACCGGCACCUGGUGACAAAGAUGCCGCUGCACUGUCUCGGGUGCUUAUUACGACAUUAGCUGGAUGCAGCCAGCCUCCUGAGGUCCAACAGUGCCUACUACACGAGCUGCGUUCGGGCAUACAACGCGCGUUGGCACUACCUGAGAGUCCGGAGAAGCAUGCACGUAUACAGGCGCUCACUGGGCUUAUCGGUUGUGUGGCUCGCGCCGCAUCACAACAGCCGGCACCCGGUCGAAACUCUUCGGCUGGUGGUGUUCCGGGUAAUACGUGCAGUGCCCCAUCACGUCUGGUAGCGCUUUUGAUAAAGCGUGGUUUGUUGUCUGACCUUGCAAGGGUGGCGCACUCUCUCGAUCUUUCGUCGCCGCAUCUGGCUGCUACUGUAAACUCUGCGCUGCGUCCUCUUGAAAUGUUAACCAGCUCUAGUCAUUUAGCUGGCACAGGACCCUUCCGAAAGGGCAAAAGCCAAGGCUCGCAGCAACAUCAUGGGCGGUCAUUCGCUGACGUGGUGGCAGGACGAAGUCGUGGUGAUUUGGGUGUUGAUGAAGCAGAUGAAGUCGCAGCUGGGGAUGACGAUGAUGCCGAGAUGGACGAUAACGUCAUGCACCGUUCUGCACAGGAGGAAGGUGUUGGAAGCGGUAGCGUUGGUGGUGGUGUGGCUAUACCAACCCUUGACAACAUAAUGGAGAUGAUACUCGAAAAUGACAUUAAUGGCACCCUUGACGCCGUUGUCAACCGCACUAUUGGACUGGACCACCAUCGUGCUCCUCUUGAACACCACGUUCGAUUGGAAAUGGAAUUAGACAGACCUGAGGCGCGUGGAGGUUUAAUUGAACUUCGACAGCACCAAUCGAGCAACCGAACUCUUCCUGAAGACGAGGAAAUGGAUGAUAUGGAAUUGGAAGAGGAAGACGAUGAUAAUGUAACCGUGGAUGGCGUAGAUACUGGUGAGCACAGAGAUCGUGAAAGGAGGCACCGCAGGCCUCAUCAUUCCGCCGUCGCUGGUGAGGACGAAGCGGUUGAUGACGUGGAACCUGACGAAGAAGAUUCCCAUAUGAUGGCCGAUGACUCCACGGAUAGAGGAGCUAACCAUCCAACAGGCGGAGGAAUGAGUGCUAGAUUCAGUCGUCUAGAAGAUGAGGACGAUGUUGUAGUCCCAGUGGAAGAGGCAGACGAUGAUGACGAUGAUGACGACGAUAGCGACUCCGAAACGAACGAUGGUCCAGACGGACCGCCGUUGUCCGAGCGAGUAGCAAUCACCCAGGUGGUACCCUCUAGCCAACAGCAGGAAAACAUGUCAGGCACUUCUGUGCAGGUUAUUGGCCCAGCUGUGUCAGAUGUGCAAGGUGCUCAAAAUGGGACCGGUAGCGGUCAAGAGAAUCGGUCGAGCGCCACAGUCGGUCAAGCAGCGGAGCAGGAUGAAGAUGAUGAAGAGGACGAUGACUUUGAUGAGGAAGAAGAUGAAGAUGAUGAAGAUGAAGAUGAACUGGACGGCGAGAAUCCGUUAUUCGGGCCGGCAGAAGCGGGACUUGGCUCAACACUUUUACGGAUGGAGCAACGAGCACAUGCUCACACCUCACACAUGGGCACAUCUGGACAGCAGCGUGGAUCGUCAAAUUCUGCGAAUCCAUUUACAGAGAGUCUUUUUCUGCAGGUUGAUCUGGAAGACAUGUUUCCGUCGCACAUUUUCACUGGGGAAGGCAGUAAUGACAGUGGUGUAGGCCGGUAUCUCCCUUCGAUCUUAGACUGCGACCCCGCUGACGGACUGGCACCGGCUGUGCCACCGGCCCCUGGAGCUGUGGCAGCCUCACAUCCGUUGUUAAGUAGAACAGCAGGAAGAGGUGGUAGUAAUGUUGGCUCGAGUUCACAGGGCGGUUCCGGCACUGACCGAGGCGGUGGCAGCCGAAGCAGUCGAGGACGAACACUUGCAGUACAGAGCAGUAACCGACUGGUCGGAGGCACCGGCAAUGGCAGUGGACGCGCUACCACUGUCGGAGCUGCCUGGCACUUCCUCAGCGGUCGUGCAAAUCCACCAGCAAUUUUGCAAAGGAUCUUCGGUAAUCCUUCAAGUGGCCAUGACCACACACAUCUGCCCGUUCACAUCUCUGGAGGCGGAGGUCACUUCGGAGGUAGCGGAGGACAUGGAGAGGGUAACCCCGUAGCUGCUACAGGCCGUGUACUUUUCGCCAAUCCAAUAUUAGAAGCACCUGACGAUUGGUUUGUUGAUAUGUAUGACGAUCCUGGCCUAGGACUGAGUCUGAAUGGGUUAGGCGGUGGUGUUGGGGGUUCAAGAGGCGCAACUCAUACGAAUGGCGUUCCGUCAGCUCACGCACGCUGGAUUGAAGAGAGCCGUGUACUUGACGGUGAUUCACUGCAUGAUGCUGUAGCUUUAGUUAAGCCCGAAAUCGUUCCGCACCUUGAGAAGCUUCGUGAUCAAGAGCUAGCUCAAAGAAAGGAAAAACGCGCCCGAGCAAGAGCAGCUCAGGAAAAGAACAAGCAAGUAGAACAGCAGCAAAACACAAGUGGUAAAUUCAAGUCAACUACAGUCGACGACCAAACAUCGAAUGAAAUUGACUCAGUUUCCGGUCAACGACAUGAAUCUGCCAGCGGAUUUAGCAAUAACCCGUCAGAAACCAUGGACAUGACAGUUGUGAUUGAGCCGACAACCUCAUGUGUGCACGAGGAUUUCGCCCAAAGCAUCGUGGAAGGUCUGCUUAGACCUUCUUUAACUGGGCAAGGUUCAAGUCCUAACGCAACGGGGGAACCAUUAGUUACAACCCAACAAAAUGAUCAGGGAACACGCCAUGCAGCUCUAACAAGCAGAAGCGGGACGACUGAACGCCUUUCAACAGUUUCUCCUGUAACGAUGAGCGGUGCUUUUGAGCAAGCAACAACGAACACGCAUGCCUCAGCAUCAGGGGCUACAUCUGCCUCCACGGGGGCCCAGGCUGACGAAGAACACUGGCUAGCUGAUGAACAAACGUCACAAUCAGGUGCUAGUUUGGGUGAGGGUCCUGAUGGACCUGACCCUGAGGUAGCAACCGAUGACAGUGCGCCCACAGAAGACCAACACACAAGUGAGCGUAAUGACGAACGUGGCAACGAGGCAGGUGCCAAUGACCAUGACGGGGAUGUACAGCCAAUGGACACCACGACAGGAUCAUCUCCGCAAAGAAUCAACCAAGUUAGCAGCGAUAACAGAAUUGAGACAACAGAGGAUAAUCACGAAAAUCUGAUGAAUCAGCCCACUGUAUUAGCACCGGAUGAAUCUCACCAUCAAAUACAAGCCAAUAAUCUAUUGAGUUGUGAUGAAUCGGGAGGUAAUCUUAUGGACACGGGUACGCCAUCUGGUACUGCACCUGUAAUAUCGCAUGACGUGCAUAUGAUCUCUCCUGAAGGAUCCCAUCUCGAUACUUCUGCCUACAGCAGCGUCCAAAACGCGUCUAACAACUGUAUUAGUGAGGGAGGUGGAGCAGAUCUCACGGAUCAAAUGCAGGUUCAUCUGCAGGCUGAAACCAGUAGUCCACAAGGAGAGCAGAACCGGGGCGAAAAUGUCAGGGAUGAUGUUGCAACAGGAGUAGGUGCUAGCUGUUCUCUCGAAGAUGCAUCCCAGUCAAGUGGGGCGGCCACGCUAUCCGGAACAGGGAACGAGUACUCCGCUAUACUAGGAGAUAUGGAGGUACCAGAAGGGGUAGAUCCGUCAUUCCUCGCUGCUCUUCCUGAGCACAUGCGUCAAGAAGUUAUUCAAGACCAUUUACGCAUGCAGAGACUCAGCCAACAACAAAGUCAGCAGUCUCAGCCUCCGGGGAGCUCACAAAAUGUUGCUGGAAACACAGAAGCGAGCACUGGUAUUGGGGCGUCAGGCUCUUCAGGGUUGUUUAGUGAAGUAAAUCCCGAGUUUUUAGCAGCUCUGCCGCCAUCCAUUCAAGAAGAGGUGCUGGCACAGCAGCGCGCGGAACAGCAGCGGUUAGCUGCGGCUUCGUCUGCGCCAGACGCUCCAGCUGAUCCGACGGCCUUCUUCUUAACACUGCCUGCAGGCUUACGUCAGACAGUACUCCAGGACCUGGACGACUCACUGCUUCCUGUUUUACCACCUGACCUAGCACAAGAAGCACGUACACUACGGGCACAAGCACUCCAGCAGCGUGAAUUGCUUCAAGAUCGGUUCUUUAGCCAUACGUCUGGAGGGACCAGCACAACGUUGUCUCGCAUUUUACGGACAGCGGUGAAUCGAAUAGGCGGAAGCGGUGCGGGAGCUCGCUAUACUAUUCACACACUUCCAUCUCGAGCCACAGGCGGUCGUGGCGGUCAAAGUUCGUGGGGAUGGCAGAGCUCUCUUGGAGGAAGCCUAGGAAGCAGCAGUUUGAUGGGCCGACAACGUAACCUAGCACGUCAACUUGUGGACUGGGAGGCUUUAGCCUGCCUUCUUGUGUUAUUGUUUGUGGACGAACCGCGGUUGCACACAGCUCGCUUGCAUAAGGUGCUUCGUAAUUUGGCAGCACAUGAACCGACACGACGUUGGCUCGUUCAAGCACUUCUAUCUAUGCUCGACCGAGCGGGCGCAAACAUCUCAACUUCAGGUUCAGCUACGCCUUUCUCAUUUGAGCAGCACAACAAGAGUGGAACCGCGCCAUGUCGCUGGCUUUCUGUAAGUUUAGAUGCAGCCUUGGGCUGUCGCACAGCGGUUUUCCAUCUAGCUGAUGGCCAAGUGCUUAUUCAUCCGCAAGCAGCACAUCUCGUGUGUCGGCAUGCGCUUGAUGCCCUCAUCUCACUCGGAAAGUCGUUUCCACAACAUUUUAUGCCACAUUCAAGUCACCAGACGGCUUGUCAGGGCAUCGACAGCAGUGUGACCAGUAGUGGCCAACCUGAGGACUUCUGGACUCUUAUCGUAAGACUAGAACAGCAAAGUCAGCAAAGUCAACUUGCGAAUAGCAAAGGAAAGGGGAAGAGCGUUUUGACAUCUGCCAUCAAGAAUCAAGGCGGAUGCAGUAGCAAAGAAAGCGUCAUCAAUAUUGGUACUGGAAAGAAAAAUGACCAGCCCUCUGGAAGUGCAAAUGGACUAUUAAACGAUUCAAGCGAACUGGGUGAUUCUACAGAGCUUGCAGAUGGAACUAAUAUCACUAGCAGAGACAACUUGAGCGCUACUGCAAAUUCCACACAUUUGCAUUCAGCAGCAACAACUGCUGGCACCUCAGGCAAGGUCGUAAUCGAACAGAUGAGCGGAGCGCACCUUGCUGCAUGUCCUUUAUUCCAAUUAACACUGCACUUGGGUCAUCCAGUGGUGCGUCACUCGCAGCUGCUUACAGACCGACUGCUGCGACUGCUUGCUCUUGUUGUAGUGGCCAUCGAGGAUCGGCCCACCCAUAUAUUUUCUUCUGCGACAGCAGAGGCGGCGACCGCAUCGACGACUUCGGUACCUGCCUUAGCUGCCGAGGAGACAACGGCUUCGCAGCCUUCACGCUCUUCAGAUUCUUUAGUAGUAGGUGUUGCAACAGAACCAGCAUCGGCCGAGAACACAGCAACAGUCGAGACAGGGGAAGGGUCUUCACCCGACAAUGCUGAAGCAGCGAUCGUAUCUGGAACUAAUGAAAUUUCAGAAACUACUGGUUCAACAGGAGAAGUCCCGUCUUUGAUGUCAAGAAAAGAAGGUUUUGGUGACAGCAAAAAUAGUCGCAAUCGGAGUGAAGAAAAAGACCAAAGUAAAAUACCUUGUGAUUAUGCGGGCAGGGAUGAGUGUACAUCAGAUGCCGCCAACAGAAAAAAUGAUGAUGAAGAGGUUGAGCGACUAAAUAAAGAACGUCAGGAGAGGGAGGCAGAAACAGAACGUGUGUUAUGUAAUCAUCUACGCUUAGCAGUGGAUGCACUUACAAGCAAGUCGUGCUCUGAGGCCGGACUCGAAGACGCCACGACCCUACUGCUUCGUCUGUCAAAGGGAUCUUCUUCGGCACGGAAAGUUGUCCUUCGAUUACUACUUGAAGGAGCCCGCCAACUCGGACACACACUCUGUGAGCACAUUCGGCGCCUUGAAGAUGAAUUAAAAACUAUGCGUGGUGCAACGAACCCUGCAGACGUUCCUGCUGAUCAACGACCAGGGCCUAAUGGAUCUCGUGGAAUGAUUCAGGACCGAUUUACGUCUUCAGCUGUGGUUAUAACGGCAGGUGGCCAAGGCCGGGUAAGCGGUCAAAGCGGUACGAGAAGUCUUCAGACAGGAGCAGCCAGCCGGGAGUUACAAUUAGCCUCAAUGGCUACAUUGACAGCAAAAACAUCAAGCCAGGCGUUUCUGCUUCGAGUUCUUAAAGUAAUUAUUCAAUUGCGUAACUGUGCUCAAAACGUCCAUAAUGCCCAGCAAGUGCAGCGACAAAAUAACGGCGGUGCGGGAACCAGCGCAGCUGGAAGCGAGCCCGUUAGAGCAGUGGAACCGCUACCAGCGCUGAGUGCGGAGCUGGCAUUAGAUGCGCUUUGGGCCAAACUAUCAGAUUGCCUCUCCGAACUCGCGGACGCGCCCGAUCAACACGCUGUACUUGUGCUUCAACCUGCUGUUGAGGCGUUCUUCCUCGUACAUGCUGCCUCUUUCAGAGAUGUCGGUCAAGUUGGAAAUUCUGGCUUGCAAGAUAGGUCUGUUGAAGGUGAGGGCGCUCCCCACCGCUCUGUAUCAGGAUCACUGGGAACUAACAGCUCUUCAGAACCAAUGGCAACAGAAGCUGCAGAACACCUUUUGCAAGAUAUGGCGCCCGUGUCACCGGCACCCCAGGCAGAAAGUGAAUGCGGAUUUGAGGUUGGUGGUACAGGUAGUGCAGAUGAAGACGGAAGCUCUGACAUGCGGAAGUUUUUAGCAUUCGCGGAAACACACCGUAUGGUGCUAAAUCAGAUUCUCCGCCAAUCUACGGUGCAUUUGCCUGACGGUCCAUUUGCUGUACUUGUUGACCAUACUCGAAUUCUAGACUUUGAUGUGAAGCGUAAGUAUUUCCGCAGUGAGCUCGACAAAGCGGACAACGCAGGUGGUAGUGGACGACGAGAGGAUGUUGCCAUUCACGUUAAGCGAGAGCACGUCUUUGAAGAUUCUUAUCGUGAGUUACAUCGUCGACCGCCUGAUGAUUGGCGUAAUCGACUGUACAUAGUAUUUGAGGGUGAAGAGGGCCAGGACGCUGGAGGUCUCCUUCGGGAAUGGUACACCAUUGUUUCGAGAGAAAUCUUUAACCCUAUGUACGCACUGUUCACGACAUCUCCUGGUGAUCGCGUUACAUACAUGAUUAACCCGAGUUCGCACUGUAACUCAAAUCACCUGAGCUACUUCAAAUUUGUGGGCCGCGUGAUAGCCAAGGCUAUCUAUGACAACAAGCUGCUAGAAUGUUAUUUUACAAGGUCAUUCUAUAAACACAUUCUUGGCAAGCCGGUGAAGUAUACAGAUAUGGAAUCAGAGGACUACGAGUUCUACAAAGGACUUGUGUACUUGCUUGAGCACAACGUUGAAGAACUUGGAACUGAGCUCACAUUUUCACUUGAGGUUCAAGAGUUCGGUGCCAAUUCCAUUAAAGACCUGAAGCCAAAUGGGCGUCACAUUCUGGUCACAGAAGAUACUAAGCAGGAGUACGUCCGCCUUGUCUGUCAGGAAAAGAUGACUGGUGCCAUAAGGCCCCAACUACAGGCGUUCCUGGAAGGUUUUUACGAGAUUAUUCCUAAAUCCUUGAUCUCGAUUUUUAACGAGCAGGAACUUGAACUACUCAUCUCAGGUUUGCCAAGCAUCGAUAUCGAUGAUCUCCGCUUAAAUACGGAGUAUCACAAAUAUCAGCCGGGUUCUUUACAAAUUCAGUGGUUCUGGCGAGCACUUCGUAGCUUUGAACAAGCGGACCGCGCAAAGUUUUUGCAGUUUGUCACCGGUACAUCAAAGGUACCACUCCAAGGUUUUGCCUCUUUAGAGGGCAUGAAUGGCGUUCAGAAAUUCCAGAUUCAUCGAGACGACCGAUCGACUAGUCGGCUACCUUCCGCGCAUACCUGCUUCAACCAGCUAGACCUUCCUGCAUACGAGACAUAUGACAAGCUGAAAGCAAUGCUUCUCAAAGCCAUUCGUGAGUGCUCGGAGGGUUUCGGCUUUGCCUAAGACGACCCUUCGCUCUGAAAACCGCUUUGUCAUCGACGACCAACCAACAACUGGAUAUAUACUCUUAAACUACGGGUGAAGUAACAGGAUCCGUUACAUCAUUUCGCUAAUUGCCGUUGCUACCGCGAUGCCUACACGGAAGGAACCCGACUGGUUUUUUUUAGAAGAAUUAUACGGCAAUAUUUCGCGUUGAUUAACUGCAGCGUUAUGAAAACUGCUGUUAUAGUGAUGGUUUCUUGACUGACCACAUUUCUAGUUCUAUAAAAAUCAGGGACUUCAAUGAUGGGGGAAGUGGUAUGGUAACUAUUUUAAGUUUACAGAAUGCAUUAUUCAAGGGCGAUCGUUAGAAUUAAUCUGUAAAGUUGAUUGAAUGGCGCCGAAGUCAAACUCCACUUGGCUUCUCUUUCGGGCUCUAUAUCGAUAAGGUAUGUCUAUCAGUCGAUAGAAGUACACACACUGACAUCAGAAGGUAAUGAAAUAUUGGCUAUGGCUGUAGUAGUAAAAAUGUGUGGGGGCUAUAUAAUAUGACCACAGGUCGUGCCGACAGCAGACGCGAUAUGUACGAAUAUUAUGACGUAAGAUAGAAGAUGAGAAACAGUGCUAAGAUCAAGGACACCUGUAGUGUGGCGCUGUGGUAUAGAGAUGUCCAGAUUGGAGCUCAGAAUAUUAUCAAGACAAUGGAGUACUAUAAAACGGAUUUCUGAAUUUAUUGUCGAGAAAAAGAAGGGCGAACCAAUGAGUGAGUGUACAUUUGUGUAAUAUUAUUAAUAAUAAUAUUAAGUACGAUUGCUAUUGAUACUAUGAUUAUUCCAUCUGCGCGCGGUUAAUAGGUUAAUAGGUGAUAAUUAUCCUUUAACUGAUCUAUAAUACAAUAAGGCCCUAAGAAUUAUGAUCUAUAAUACAAUAAGGCCCUAAGAAUUAUGAUCUGUAAUACAAUAAGGCCCUAAGAAUUAUGAAGAUGAUGAAUGAUAUCACGAUGUCCGGUUGCUUAAUAUACGAAAUAUGGUUUGGACUUGAUGAUCGCUAAUGAAUGGGCCCGUAUUCCCUCACCACCGAUAAAUUGUCAGUAAUUGGUAGUAAGGGUAAGAUAUGUUCCCUGACUACCACUAAGUACUGAUAUUCAAUUAUGUGGCAUCGCUGAAUGCCCUAAUCGGUUGGUACAAGCAACAUAUAACGGCUUUGUAUGAAAGAAAAAGGAGACAAGCGGAAACAUACCAUCGAUGAUUUAAUGGGGGUUAGUUCCCAUCAAUAUGUAGAGCUAAUGGCACCUUACUGAUUUGUAGUAGAUUGUUGGCCAUCGUGGAUGACUGGAAGAGACUAGCAUAGAAAUGGCUCGUUGCUGAAUGGCCAGCAAACAGGACUAAUUAUUAAUACACACAUAGUGUUUCUGCAUGAAUGUAUGAACCUUUCAGUAAGGAGUCCGAUAACGGCAGAGGAUGCGAACACGAAACGAAAAACUAAGUGGUUCAGCCACUAUUUCGAAAAAAGCUGCCUGUUCGAACGGUAACAUUUGAACACAGUGAUGAAUAAACAUGCUUAUUAUAACAUGCAUAAAUUUGAAAUAUAAAUAUUAGCUAUUUUUUAUCUUCUUUGAAUCAGAAAUAUUAUGUAAAUCUACAGAGCUAUUGCAAGCGAAUACUUGUAGCAGUUUACCGCUUGGAAUUUGGGAGGGGUGCUAAAUUUUCGCUGAGGUCGAAGAUUGUUUCCUAUCCAGAUGGAUUCUGGGCUAAAAUCUAACUACAAUGGAGCGAUUUGCAGCAAAAUCAGUACACCAUUUCUCAGGCAUCAAAACAACAUAUUGUCCCGAUUUCUCUUGAAAGGUAGGUUAGCUUCCCAGGAUUUUUUUUUAUUACGGUAUAACAUACUGUCAGAAUUCUCUUGAAUGAGUAUGGGCAUGAUUGUUGGUUGAGUAUGGGGAAGUUAUUGUGAAUAAGAAAGAGAGAUAAAAAUUAGUGAGGAACCGUUCAGGAAAAUGCUGGUCAAAAUUCAACUUCAAUUUUCCUGAACGGUUCCCCUUCUUCGAUCUUCAUAUCUUUCUGACGCAUGUUAAUUUGAUCAUCCCAAUGUUCAAGUAAGGGAAUUUUGACAGCAUGUUGUAGCGGGAAGCUGGAAAGCUAAUCUACCUUUCAAGAGAAUUCAGACGAGGGUCACCCCGAUUAGAUUGGCCUGUGAAAAGUACUUAGUCCAGUAGUAAUAAAUGAGAAAAAUAGAAUUCUUUAUUUUCGUCGGUUUUAAAUAUUUCUUUCCUCUUCCUUCUAAAAAUGCUUGUGAUGAACGGUGGCAGAUAUUUGUGUUCUUGUGAACUCUGUUUUUUUCAGGUUCAAACUCUGUUUACGAUCAGUGCCUUCGGUAGUUUUACUCAGAAUCUAUGUUAAUAGAGUUCCAAAUAAUGCAUUUUCAGAUAGGUAUUUGCUUUAUCCUAAGUUAAUUACUGGAAUUAUUUUUACCGCAUCUCAAUUUAUUUCACAAUGCAACAGGUUAUAUAAGGGAGGCAACGGCUAUGUGUGUUACCAAUAAUUUUGUAUGAAAGAGUCAGUCAUUCAAUAAACCUAAGGGGAAGGGAAAAUGCGCUGCUUCUUAAAAACGGCUGUAAUUAUGGCUC